ACCGGAAGUGACCUUGGUUUGUAAGUGCAACCUUCAAACGAACCUUCCUGGACCCAAAUCUCGAGUUUCCGGUCCAAAAACUGAACUCCGGAUCUUUACAGGUACGCGGCUGCAGCGGUUCGGAUCAGCUGAUCCACCGGAACCAUGAAGCUGCUGGUCCGAACCGGAACCGCCUUGUUGGUCGGAGCGGGAGUCGGAGCCGCAGUGAGCAACCGGCUGAGCUACAGAAGCCGAGCUGAGGAGCAACAAGCCGGUCCACUGGGGUGGGUUCCGGUCCUGCCGGUACCGGAGAAUCUGACCGUCCGGGCCUCCGAACUCGCCGUGAGUCCAGGUAACUCUGGAGCUGUGAUGAAGUAUGGCUUCCCCUCACUGGCCAACGUCCGGUCCAGAGAGUCCUACGUCACGUCGUACGAUCCUCGCACACGCACGGCAUCCUGGGUAAUUGAGAAGCUAAACCCCGCCUCUCUGACAGGUCCAUCAGACAGGAAGUGCUGUGAGUUCAAAGAGGACGACAGCGUCCACGUCUUCCACAGAGCCACGAACGCAGACUACAGGGGGAGUGGCUUCGACAGGGGUCACCUGGCUGCUGCAGCCAAUCACAAGUGGAGUCAAAAGGCCAUGGAGGACACCUUCUACCUGAGCAAUGUGGCUCCACAGAACCCUCACCUGAACCAGAACACCUGGAACAACCUGGAGAAGCUCUGCCGCUCUCUGACCAAACACUACCUCAACGUCUACGUGUGCACUGGCCCGCUCUACCUGCCCAGGCAGGAAGACGACGGGAAGCUCUACGUCAGGUACCAGGUGAUUGGACGGAACCACGUCGCCGUGCCAACUCACUUCUUCAAGGUGCUGAUUCUGGAGCAGUCGGACGGCCGGGGGGUGGAGCUUCGCUCCUACGUCUUACCCAACCAGCCGGUGGAUGACAAGCUUCCUCUGGAGCGUUUCCUGGUUCCCAUAGAAACCGUCGAGCGAGCGUCGGGACUGCUGUUCGUCCCGAACAUCAUGAAGCGGACAAGCCGCCUGCAGGCCAUCAGCGACAAGUGAACUACAGCUCCCACAAUCCCCUGCUGCAGGCAGUGGGUCGCCAUGGGGACGCAUCGUCGUUUCCUGCAGUUUUCAUUAAAGGCAGCUGAUCUGAAA